AUGGCUAAGCUCAACGCGUUCGAUGAAACUUGUGAUGCAUCCGCUGUGCUUACUUUACUUGGAAGAAUUCCAGUGUUUUCUGUUAACAUUGCUCUCCAAAAUGCGGCAAAUGUUGUCAGAAAAGAUAGAAACGUCUGGGCUCAUUGUGAUGUUACUAAGUGGAAUGAAUCAAACUUCAAGAAGAGUUUUGAUGGCAUGAGAAAACUGCUAAAAAAAGUUGGUUUAUCUCCUCCAAAUAAAUCGAACGCUUUAGCGGGUCUUAAUGACUGGAAAUACAAAGGUGUUGCAUUGUGUAUGAAUGCUUCAAUUGAUUCAGAGCUAGUUAAAGUAAUGCAAGAGCAUGUUACUAAAUUGUCAAGUGAUGUGAACAAGAUGGCGUUUGAGAGUCAAGAAGAAUUGUGCAACUUGAAAGAAACCUUAGAAAAUAUUCACGAAAAUUUACAAAAUUGCGAGAAACGAGUUAAACAAAUGGAGCUUACCCUGGAUACUAUGCAAGAUGAACUAAGUUCCACAAUUGACGAAGUACAACAACUGAAAACCAAGCAAGAAGUUCUUCAAGAAGAACAGAGUUCUAUUUCAGUCAGAGUUGAUUUACAUCAGACCGGAUAUGAAGCCAUUCAACAACGUUUCACGUUUUACGGUUUCUCCGAUUGUACUUCUGACAUUAAACAUUUUGCUAGACGUUACGAUCCAGACACAAGACUUUGGCUACUGCAAGAUUUCAACAAGUGGUUCAGUGAUUCUGAUAACUCCAGAGCCUAUGUACUGCUGGGUGAUGCCGGAGUUGGCAAAAGUGUCAUGGCUGCUGUCGUUGCUCAGAGGGCAAAGAAGGAUGGAAACAUGGCAGCGGCGUACUUUUGUCGUCACUACGAUGGCACACGUCGUGAUCCCAGGUAUCUGCUUGCUACUAUUGCUUGUCAACUGUGUAUUUGUAAUAAAGAAUAUGGUAGAGUUGUGGGAGGGGAGUCCGGGAUACAAAAUAUGUUGACUAAUGCUGAGCUAGGAGUUCAGGAGCUCUUUACAAAAUUGCUAGAAGAGCCAUUAAGUAAAUGCAGUGGUAUUGCGAAAAAACUUGUUGUGAUUGAUGCACUAGAUGAGGCAGAGUAUUUGUCCAGAAAAGAUUUUCUUGAUCUCAUAAUAAACCGUUUUCCAAUGCUUCCUGAAUGGCUCGUUUUCUUCAUCACUAGUCGACCGGAGGGCAUCGUCCAUUUCAAAUUGCAAACGUACAACCCAUGUAUUCGAAUUUGUGCUGGUAAUAGCGAUAGUGCAGGUUUUUAUGAACAGCAUAAGCAGGAUAUUCAACGCUUUUUAGAGAAUAAGAUAAACUUUGUGGGUCUGCCCUAUACUGCUGAGCAACUAACAGAAAAAUGCAAUGGAAUGUUUUUGUACGCUUUCUACAUUGCGGAACAUCCUGACCAGAUUAAGGAUGGUGAUCUUUUUCCUAAAAAUAUUAACGAAUUCUUCAACAAAAAUUUCGAACGCGUCAAAGAAAAAAUAGGUGAGGAUAUUUAUAGGAAAUUGUUUGGCUGUGCUUUGGUGGCGCCUUCUCCACUUCCUGUUUCAUUUCUUUCGUUUCUUUUGAAAAAAGAAAACAACGCUCUAAAUGAGCAAGAAGUGAUUGAUGCUGUCUCGCUGUUUGUUGCCUUCCGAACUUCAGAUAAAACCUUUGCGUUUCUUCACGCUUUGAUUCCGUCCUGGUUAACUGAUGUAAAAAAGGCGUCACGAGAAUUGUUCAUUGACAAAGCUGUGUCAAGCAAAUACUUUACAAAAAUCAUCGUUGAAUUUCUCGAUUCUUUUCUUGAACGACAAAAUGACCCUUCGUUUGAUGAGACUUCACCCGAUGUAGUGACAUAUAUCUUAGUUAUUGGAUUUCGUUUGUUGUAUCAGUCAGGUACAGAUGUGUGUGUGAACUCUGAAAUUGUUUUUAAGUGCCUGACAAACUACUACUUUCUUAAGCAGCGAUUAGAAAGUAACAAACUGGGAAUUUAUUCUCUCCUUGAAGAUCUAGAGUUAUCUGUUGCCAACAUGGCGUUUGAUCAGGAGAAAGAAGCUAUCCUAGACAACAUCGCUUCGGUUCUUAGGGAAGACAAAUAUAUUGUUCUUGGAAGUUCUGAACUUCUCGCCUCUUGUCUCCGGAAAGCAUCUCAGCUUACACAGGCCAAUAUUACGCCUCUAAAUGUUUUAGCUCACAGUGGAAUUAUCCAAGGCCAGUCAUGUAAUGUAUUCGAUCAUGCUAUCUCACUCAGGAAUAUUUUGUGUGACAUGGAGUUCUGUACAUUCUCUCAUAACAAAAGCUUCCUUGCUGGAGGGAAAGGACGAUAUAUAUCUUUGUAUGAUUCGGGUUCUUUCCAAAAAAUUUUCGGGCCAAUUGAAGUGAUGAUUGAAAGUAACCAAUGUAUAUCACAUUUAGAAUUCUCGCCAGAUGACAAACUCAUUUUUUUUGGGAGACUUGACCGAUGGUUAUCGGUGAAGGAGGAAUGUGUCGUGAAGAAAACUCAGUUUGAAGGGAACUCCAAGUGUUAUGAAUGGGGUUCGUUUAUUUCUGAUGGCCAAUAUAUUGCGAUGGGCUAUUAA